AUGGCGGUUCCGGCCGUUUCAAGCUCGAAAGCUACCUGGGAUGAGAACGACUUCACAAUAUGGACAAGUGAAACGAGCUACUCGUUGGCGGAGGACAUCAUGCCGGAUGAACUGAUCAGUCAAUUGAAACGACUUCCAAUCAGGAAACCUCCAUCGUUGAAGACGUCAAGUGUCUGCGUAUCGCACAGGCAACCAUGUGGUGGGGGACACAGCUGGCGUCUUCCUUGGUAUCUGAUCUACAUGUGUGAAUGCGUGGUGAAGGCUGCGCCGCAUGCUGAAAUUCUAUUCAUAUUGACUGGAGAAAGUUGCUGUCGUGAUGUCAUCCAAAUCAACUGCUUGCGCAGACAGCGGGAACGUCCUUAUUUGCUUACCAGUCUUGCGAUCGCACCAUAUCCGUCUCGAUCCUUGAAGUACUCGUUACGUGCGCCACCACAAAAGUCGACACAUCUGGCUUGGCCCCUCUUGUUGCAAAUUGCUCAAAUACACACUAUUCUCCACUUGUUCCACCCGUGGUCAGGUAACUAA